AUGAAUAGAAACUUUUGUCUCUCUAAUGAAGAGAAUGUGGUAUACUUUGAAGCCCACCGUAUGCCUCUAGAAGAGGCAAGUGAGGAAAUAUUGCAAAGUGCUCAAUUUUUCUCCGCUGAUGAAGAAAACGUGGAAAAUGUUACCGAAACCCAUCUCGAGGAGGCAAGAGAGGAAAUGUUACAAAGAACGAAACCUUGGCAGAGUUUUUUCCCCGAAUUUUCGUCAAUUAGUAACCACCAAAUGAACUGUGAGCAAGUUCACCCUUCUAUUUCUUCCGACGACGGCGAUGAUUUCAAUGGGAAAGGUUUUUCCCAAAAACACUCGUCAGCUAUUUAUAACCAAAUGAACUGUGUGCAAGUUCCCCCUUCUAUUUCUUUAAACAACCAAGAUUCUACUUCAGACCUUGAUGGUCAUCUUUCCAUUUCCAAUACUGAUUCUUUCAUUAACGACGCAUACACCAACGAUGCUUACAUUAACGACGCAUACAUCAACGAUGCUUUCAUUAACGACGCAUACAUCAACGAUGCUUUCAUUAACGAUGCAUACAUCAACGAUGCUUGCAUCCACAUUAUGGAACUCCUUCUCCAUAAUAAUUUUAUUUCUCCUGAAGACUAUUACAAAAUUCACGAAUUAUUUUCUUUCAAUUCCGGUGACGUAUACGAAAGCGUUGCGCAUCAUCUUUUUAUUAAUGGACUGAUCAAGGGUUACGAGAACCCCAAAAUUUCAAUCCUAAAAUAUUGGCUGUACCUUUUGGGACGGCCUGAAAGAACCUAA